AAGGGGCCUGAGCAGCGUGCCUCCUCCUCCUCCACCUCCUCCGCGUUUUCUUUCCCAGACUUUGGUCGCUGCCUCCGGGGACGUAAACUUGCUGCUGUUGGGAUUAGGGCAGCAAUUGCUUGCGCUCCCCUUGUCAGUCUGUUAGCCUUUUCCCUGGAAGCGUCCUUGGUGUCGAAAGCCCAGAGCCGUGAGGACAGCAGAUGACCAAGUCGGCGGAAAUUUCAGACUGAACCAGCAGCUCCACUCCCUAGUGCACAGGGAGAGUAGGACAGCUCCGUGGAGACUCAGACCUGGGGGCCCAGCUGGGCCCCUGCAGACUCCGGGAUUUUCCUCUCUACAUACCCAGACUCCACAACUCUCUCGUGGGUCGGGUGGCCUGUUUUCAGCACCAAGCGCUGUUGCCAAGGGAACCUGGCGGGUGAGCUGCUUAGACCGCAGCGUGCGGGCCGGCUUGGCCCAGAUUCCAUCUUGGAACUUCGAAGGCGUGGAGGGCAAGAUCAUGUCCGCUGCUCCGGGGACUCUGCACCGAAGAAGUUUGCCCGGCGUGGACCCAAUGACCUUUCCAAGCUGCGCGCCUUGUUGCCUGGACGUGGUCUGAGCAGCGCUGCCCAGGCAGACCUUUCUGCCAGAGGGUUUUCUCUGCCUGCUCUUGUCUCCCUGGGUUUUCACCGGAGCCCUACGCCCACCCACCUCUGAGUCCUGGAAGAAAGGGGCGGCUCCUUCCGUCCCCCAGCAUACAGGAAAAUGGGGAGCAAGGCCCUGCCGGCGCCCAUCCCGCUCCACCCGUCGCUGCAGCUCACCAAUUACUCCUUCCUGCAGGCCGUGAACACCUUCCCGGCCGCGGUGGACCACCUGCAGGGCCUAUAUGGCCUCAGCGCUGUGCAGACUAUGCACAUGAACCACUGGACGCUGGGCUACCCCAACGUGCAUGAGAUCACCCGCUCCACCAUCACCGAGAUGGCGGCGGCGCAGGGUCUGGUGGAUGCGCGCUUCCCCUUCCCGGCUCUGCCCUUUACUACUCACCUAUUCCACCCCAAGCAGGGGGCCAUUGCUCACGUCCUCCCAGCCCUGCACAAGGACCGGCCCCGUUUUGACUUUGCCAACUUGGCUGUGGCCGCCACGCAAGAGGAUCCCCCUAAGAUGGGAGACCUAACUAAGCUGAGCCCGGGGCUGGGUAGCCCUAUCUCGGGCCUCAGUAAAUUGACUCCGGACAGAAAGCCCUCUCGAGGGAGGUUGCCGUCCAAAACGAAAAAAGAGUUUAUCUGCAAGUUUUGUGGCAGACACUUUACCAAAUCCUACAAUUUGCUCAUCCACGAGAGGACCCACACGGAUGAGAGGCCAUACACGUGUGACAUCUGCCACAAGGCCUUCCGGAGGCAAGAUCACCUUCGGGAUCAUAGGUAUAUCCAUUCCAAAGAAAAACCCUUCAAAUGUCAGGAGUGUGGGAAAGGAUUUUGUCAGUCUAGAACUCUAGCAGUUCACAAAACUUUACAUAUGCAGGAAUCUCCACACAAAUGUCCCACAUGUGGAAGAACCUUUAAUCAGAGAAGUAAUCUGAAAACUCACCUUCUCACCCAUACAGACAUCAAGCCCUACAGCUGCGAGCAGUGCGGCAAAGUGUUCAGGCGAAACUGUGAUCUGCGGCGGCACAGCCUGACUCACACCCCGCGGCAGGACUUCUAGAGAAGCCCAGGAUCUGUCCCGUGCCGCCGCCGCUACUCCCCUCCCCAGACACCUCUCCACGCCUCCCACCCGAGGGUCCCACCCCCAACCCUUCACUGACCCCAGCUCUUCCCUUGCCGCAGCCGCACCUGCAGCUCCAGGGAGUUAACUGUGCUUCGGGAGGACUGAGAACUAUAGAAAGCCACACACUACACCCUUUCACAAAGAGCAUACGCUAGUUUCUUGUAGAUAUUCACAGCUCAUUUUAGAGCUCUGUACAUAAUGUCGUGGGUCUUCGUUUUGUUGUUUUGUUUGUUUUUGUAUCUUGUUGGAUGCACCGAGAUCUGGAAAAUGGAGGCCAAAAUCUUUAAAGACUGUAUUUUCAAAUAAAAAUUUUCUUGUUUGUUUCAACA